GGAAUAUAGCUAACCAUUUUCCUCUGGUCGCCAUGAAAAUACGGUGAUUUCAAAGGAAAACCAGCGUCCACGAGAGUCAUGUCACACCAUAAUGUGGUUAACGGAUGCAAACUGGUCGCUGUGCUCCUUCUGUGGCUUGGUCCCACUGCUGAAGACAGACACACAGGUCAUGCUCAUGCAGCAGAGCACCAGGAGCACAUUGCACACAGCUCUCCUGUGUUUUUCUCAGGACUGGAGGAGGUGGUGUUGGUGAUCCAGAGUCAGAGAAACUCCUACCACGCUCAUCGAGGUGUUCAGAGGAAGGCGGAGAUUCUGCAGCAGGCGGCUGAACUUGGACAGGGAGUCCCAGUUGUUCUCCUUCUCCAUGAGCUGUCAGCGUAUGCCGGGGACUGGAGCAUCCUCCCUGCGCUUCCUCAUCUAUCUGCCACUUACGGCCAAUCAGCAUCCUGGUUUGUCUUCAUAGAAGAGGAAACCAGAGUCACACUGUCCGCACUGCUGCAAGUCCUCCAUAGAUAUCGAGUCCAUGAGGAAUGGUUUUUGGGUAAGCGUAUCCAUGACAACGAAGCCUCCAUCAUCCACCAUUAUGCCUUCUCUGAAGACCCCCGUUCGUUUGGUUACCCUGACCCUGCAGCAGGCUGGGCUCUCAGCGUGCCGCUGCUCCAGAGACUCGCUGAGGGGAUCCAACACGACCACCUGAAGUCAGAUUUUACCAUCGACUUGAAACACGAGAUUGCUUUGUACAUUUGGGAGGAAGGAAAUGGUCCAAAGCUGACAGCAGUGCCAGAGUUUUGUACGGAGCCGAGAGACAACUGUGCGACCACAUUUACGACCUACCUGCCCAACUGUGGAGAUCCAGUCUCAAAGAAAGACGUAUUUGUUGCUGUGAAAACAUGUCAAAAAUUCCACUUGGAGCGAGUACCAGUGGUGAAGGAAACGUGGGAGAAAGACGCUGAGCAUUUGGAGUAUUACAGCGAUGUCACUGAUGCGUCCGUACCCACAAUCAGUCUGGGAGUGCCCAACACUGAGAGAGGGCAUUGUGGGAAGACAUUUGCCAUCUUUAGGCGGUUCCUGAGUGACGCUGUGCCAAAGGCUGAUUGGCUUCUCAUUGUUGAUGAUGAUACACUCAUCAGUUUACCCAGGUUGCGACGACUGCUGCGUUGCUAUGACCCAAAGGAAGCAGUGAGCCUAGGGGAGAGAUACGGCUACAACUUGGUUCAGAGCGGAUACAGCUACACCACAGGCGGAGGAGGGAUGGUGCUCAGUAGGGUGGCAGUGUCCAGGUUAGUUUCCAGUGGUUGUAGGUGCUACAGCGACGAUGCUCCUGAUGACAUGGUCCUGGGCAGGUGCUUCACUUCCCUGGGUGUCCCCAUCACACACAGUCCACUGUUCCACCAGGCCCGACCAGAUGACUACUCUGAGUCAUUGAUCUCCUUGCAGCAGGCCAUCUCCUUCCACAAGCACUGGAAUAUAGAUCCUGUGGCUGUCUACAAACACUGGCUGCAGGAUACAAACCAACGAGAUGAACUGUAGAAAUACUCUGUGUAUACCGUAUGUAUAACAUACUGUAGACAAACUUUGAAUCCAAAUUUGCACAACUUUUGCUAAAGGUCAAUAACCACUAUGGUGGCUGUAAUACCUAGAGAGAACUGGCAAACAUGCCCUGAAACAUAAUUCUUACAAAACUUAAUACCUGCAUUAAUCAAUAUUUUUGAUAUCAGCAUUAAAUCAAAUGACUGUAAUGGGAUUCAGAGAAUUAUCACCCAAGUGUGGCUCUCCAGAGGUUUUUUUUAGGGGUUUCAUUUUGGUUUAAUAGCCUGAUUGAGUCAGAGCAAAAAAGCUCAAUUGCAGAGUGGAUGCUAAUUUGUCUUUGCCUCUGCUGGAUGUGUUUCAGCUUGUUUUGAAAAUGUUCUGCCAUCUAAUGGCCAAAAAAAGAAUUAGAGCAGCUUUAAUGGAACCAUAAAUUUUAGAAAUUGCUAGUGAAAUUAGCUGCUAACUAACUUGUAGUAAAGCUGUGUUUACUUCAAAUUUCUAUGGAGAGGUUGGAGAACCUUUUUCUAUGUUUAGCAGGUGUUAGACGGAUUGCAUCUGAAAGUGCAGACUGAUUCAACAUUGAGCCAAACUGAUUGCUGCUUGUUUUGUGAGAGUGAACAUCUUGAGUAUCACUGCUGUCACUUUUCCCCCAAACUAAAUUUUAACAAAACCUUGAACCAAUAUGUUUAAUUUAUUUAAGAAAGAUUGUGUUAAUGUAUUUGCCAUAAUGUUAAUCUGCUUCACAUUUGGGUAAUCAAGUAUUUGAGUGAGCAGGGUGAAAAAUUGUUGUAUUGAUAAAGAGACGCCCAGUGUUUAUUUUAUUUUAUUUAUUUAUUUUUUUUAUUUAGCCAGGUAAGUCCUUAUUACGUUUGGAAAGGCAGACCUGGCCAUGAUACCAGCAUUUAAAGUUGAGGACAAUACAAUUCAAAAUUAAGCAACAGUUAAAAUAAAAUGCCUCAAAACUGUUCACAUUAUUAAGAGGUCCAAAAUAUUUAAAUGAUCUGGAUUUUGGUCAGGGAUAGCAGAUUUCUCAAUUUAAAUUUGAUUUUAACAGACAACUUACAUAGUAACAUGAACAUGAUGCAUUUAUUUCAGUAAUAUUGUUUUUGAAUUUUAUGUUAAUUUUUCUUACAGACAAAUACAGAGUAGUUUGAUAUUUUUUGAAAUAUGCUUAUUUACUUACCUACAAGUACACAUAUUUCCCAAAAAUGUCAAACUGAAAUUUUACCACAUGGAAUACAAUUCCAUGAGUUAUGUGAAUGAGUCUGUACUAGAAUUUUUGAUACAGUUUAUUAGAAUUUUAUUUUUGAUCUGUGAAUGGCAAAACUGUGUGUAUGUGUCAGUUAGUGUGGAUGUGCGCAAGAGUAAUAACAACAUUUUGGAGCUGUUUUUGAGGAUAAAUAAAUGUUUGUGUGUGCUUGCUUAAACCUGUUAUUUCCUAAAUUUAGAUAGGACUGUUUUUUAAUCAUUUUAAAAUAAAAUAUUCAUUGG